CCAGCCCCGGCUCGUUUCAGGGGUGUAUGACAGCCGCGGGACGGUAGGAGCGAGGUGUUGAUGCGGGUGCGUGCGAUGCGCGGUGACCUCCAUCCCCUAGCGCCGGUGAGGCGGGGGGCUCGCCGGGGCCAGCACGGCACGGCACGGCACGGUACAGCACGGCACGGUACAGCACAGCCCAGCACGGCACGGCACAGCCCGGCCCGUCCGGGGGGCAGCGGCUGGCGAGGGGCGGGGGGCGCGGGCCGGGCGAGGGGCGGGCCGGGGGCGGCGCUGCCUCCGCGGCCGUGCGGGACGGAGCGGGGCUGGAGCGGGGCUGGAGCGGGGCUGGAGCGGGGCUGGAGCGGGGCUGGAGCGGGGCUGGAGCCGCGCAGGGCAGCGCGGAGGAAGAGCGGGGCGGCUGCGGGCAGAAGGUGCCGCGCUGCCGCUUGCGCCCGAGCCGGAGCAUCCCGAGCCGGAGCAUCCCGAGCCGGAGCAUCCCGGCGGCGUCAGCCCUCUGCUUUCCGAGGGAGGUGGACGCUCCGGGUGCGGGGUGUUGUUUUGUGCCCUGCCCCUCAGACGGUGCGGUUUUUGGUGCCCUGGCGCUCGGCUGUCGCCCGCAGGUUCCCGCAGCCCGGGGCCGCUCGCUGCCGCUGUCCGGUCGGGACCCGGCGGGUUCGGGAAGCUCUGUGCGCCCGGGAGCAGCUCCCGCCGUGCCUCGCCCGUGCUGCUGCUCCGAGGGAGCAUCCUCAGCGGUUUGCCUGUCCUGUGCUGAAACCAAGGGCGUUCGGUUUUCACAAGCGUUUAACCGAGGGGCUUUUCUCAGCACGCAGUCCCUUUGGGUUUGGGCGUGAUCACCAACCUCAUCCUCUGCAUUCAGCUCCUAUUUCCAUAUCUUCUUCCUGUUUUUCUGAAGGAUAAAAAUCCUAAAUUGUCCUGUGCUUGAGCAGUAAAGGAUAAAUUCAUUCACUGGCUGACUUGUCAUCUCGCCGUUGUGAUGGAAAAAUGUUUGCUUAAAAUAAACCCUUUUGAUGCCACUCAAACUGCCUUCGAAUACAAGAGCUGUUGUGAUUUUUAAAACACAAACCAAAUAAUGUCAGAACCCGACCCUUCAUCUGGAUUUGUGGGAAACAUGGAAAAUGGGACUUUUCUGGAGCUGUAUCCCACAUCCCUUUCAACUUCAGUGGAUUCAUCACCUGGCCGUUUAUCCAACGUCUACGUCUAUGUUUCUAUAUUCCUUAGUCUCUUAGCUUUUCUCCUUUUGCUACUGAUCAUUGCACUUCAGAGGCUGAAAAACAUCAUUUCUUCCAGUUCCUCCUACCCUGAGUACAAUAGUGAUGCUGGAAGUUCAUUCACUAACUUAGAGGUUUGCAGUAUUUCUUCCCAGCGCUCUGCUCUCUCAAACCUUUCUUCAUGAAAAUAAAUGAAGGGAAACACACAGGGAAUGGAAGAGCUUUGUCUAGUUUCUUGGGGAAGUAGUGCAUGUAACAUUUGCCUUAGAAGACUAUUAUCAAGAGAUGUUUUUUAAAGUUUCCUUAUUUUUUUUCUCCUUUCCUUUUCGAGUCUUCAUUUCCCCUUUAACUAAUUCUCAUUUUGGACAAUGGAUAAUGAUACCUGAUCAUCAUUUCUUGCCUGUAAUGUGAUGCUGUCUUUUUCUCACUCAUAGACGGUGUUCAUUAACAGUACUACUGCCAAAUUGUAAUACAGUUCUAGCUGGAUGUGUCAUUUUUCUGCUCUAAUUGUGACCCCUUCCCUGGUCUUGUGUCAGCAAUAUAUUGACUAGUUUUCUUUUUCUUUUUUUAAUUAUAUGAGGACUUUUGGAUUAAAUUCCUACUGCUAAAGUACAAAACAAUCUGCUUAAAUUAUAAAUAUUGGGGCAAUUUAAAGUUGUUGAUGUUGUUUCCUCAUUUUUUUAUUUAAUUUUCACAUCUUACUCUGUAUUUAUUGAUAUAAAACACAACUAAUUCUUGAAGAAUGUUGCUUUUGUUUAUUUGUACUCCCAACUCGUUCUGUAUGCAGUCUGUGUUUCAGUUUCUGAGUCUCUUUGGUUAACUCAGUAAAGCGACUACACUAAUGAUA